AUUGUUGACAGCGAGCUGAAAGUGACGCCAUCGUAGUAUUUUUAUUUCAUUAGUUAGCCAUAAUAUAAAAAAAUGGUUGAUAAAAUUGAAAUGAGUUUGGACGACAUAAUCAAAUCAAACCGAACACAACGAGUCCGAGGAGGCAGAAGAGGCGGAAGAGGUCGUGGAGGAGGCGGUAAUAGCAGCAGUGGUGGCGUUGGUGUUGGCCAACGCCGUGGAGGAAAUUUUAGAAAUUCAGGUCGUCCCGGUGGAAAUGUGCAAAGAGGUCGUGGGCGAGGCGGCAUAUCUCGCAAUUACACGCGGGGAGACGUAAACAGUGCAUGGAAGCAUGAUCUAUUUGAAGGUUAUGGCCCAAGAAAAGUUGCAGCUGCUAGAGCUACAGUACAAGCCACUAUGGGACCAACUAAACUUUUGGUUUCUAAUCUAGAUUUUGGAGUAUCGGACUCAGAUAUACAGGAAUUGUUUGCUGAAUUUGGUGUAUUGACUGGUGCUGCCGUACAUUAUGAUCGAUCUGGCAGGUCCCUUGGAACAGCAGAUGUUAUUUUUGAAAGAAGAAGUGAUGCAAUCAAAGCCAUGAAGCAGUACAACGGUGUUCCUCUUGAUGGAAGAGCAAUGAAUAUCCAAUUAACAACAUCAGAAAUACCUACUCCACUAAGAAGGCCUGGUGGUAGCGAUAGAAAAUUCCAAAGCAGAAGUCCUAGGGGUGGUAAAGGUAGACUUCCUAGAGGGGGAGGCCGAGGGCGUAACCCAAGAAACCAACAGGCAAAACAGCCAACAGCUGAAGAACUGGAUGCAGAAUUAGAUGCUUACACAAAAGAAGCAAAGUAAAUUUAUGGGGAUAUUAGACUCUGAUCUAUUUCACAAGUGUGUAAAGUUUAUGUUUUAUGAGCGCAUUUUUUAAGUCUUUCCUAAUACGCUACUAAAAAUAUAUGAGUUGUUUGUUCAGUUUACUUUAAAACAUUUUGAAAGACGAGAAAAUGGUUUUGAUGACAUAAUGUUAUCUGUAAAUGUUAUUAGAAUAAAUGUAAUUAUUUAGUAACAACGGUUUUUUAAUAAAUAAUUUUU